CCUUGCUGCUCAAAUCCAUGCCAAAACAGAGGAAUCUGCAUGACAACAGGAUUUGACCAUUAUGAAUGUGACUGUACGCGGACUGGUUAUCAUGGGGAAAACUGCACUACACCGGAAUUCUUUACUUGGCUGAGAGCGACUCUGAAACCCGCUCCAGCCACAGUCCACUACCUACUCACUCACUUCAAAGCAGUCUGGGAUGUAAUAAACAACACCCCUUUCCUCCAGAACACCAUCAUGAGAUAUCUCCUGAUAACAAGGUCCCAUUUAAUAGAGAGCCCACCAACGUAUAACAGCCGUUAUGGUUACAAAAGCUGGGAAGCCUAUUCAAACCUUUCUUACUAUACCAGAGUACUUCCGCCGGUAGACCACAACUGCCCUACCCCUAUGGGUGUGAAAGGCAAGAAGGAACUUCCAGAGUCUAAGCUCGUUGUGGAGAAAGUUCUGCUUAGGAGAAAAUUUAUUCCCUCCCCUCAAGGCACAAAUAUCAUGUUUGUGUUCUUCGCUCAGCACUUCAACCACCAGUACCUCAGUACAGAAAAGGACAAAGGGCCAGCCUUCACAAAAGCUGUUGGACAUGGGGUUGAUCUAAAUCAUAUCUAUGGAAAUAAUUUGGAUAGGCAGAUGAAACUCAGACUGUUUAAGGAUGGGAAGCUGAAAUUUCAGGUGAUCAAUGGAGAGGUGUACCCGCCCACAGUGAAAGAAACUCAGGCAGAAAUGAUCUACCCACCACAUGUCCCUGAGCACCUGAAAUUUUCUGUAGGGCAAGAGGUCUUUGGUUUGGUUCCGGGGCUGAUGAUGUACGCCACGUUAUGGCUCCGGGAACACAACCGGGUCUGUGACAUUCUGAAGGGUGAGCAUCCGGAAUGGGAUGAUGAGCAGCUGUUCCAAACUGCACGCCUGAUCUUAACAGGAGAGACCAUCAAGAUUGUGAUUGAAGACUACGUUCAGCACCUGAGUGGCUACCACUUCAAGUUGAAGUUUGACCCAGAGCUGCUCUUCAACCAGAGAUUCCAGUAUCAGAACAGAAUAGCGGCAGAAUUCAACACCCUUUACCACUGGCACCCUCUCCUCCCUGAUACCUUCCAGAUUCAUGACCAAGAGUACACAUACCAGCAGCUCAUUUAUAACAACUCCAUCAUGUUAGAACAUGGUCUUUCCCACAUGGUGGAAUCCUUCUCCAAGCAAAGGGCUGGAAGGGUAGCUGGUGGGCGGAAUGUCCCUACCGCGAUGCAGACAGUAGCUAAAGCCUCCAUUGAUCGAAGCAGGCAGAUGAGAUUCCACUCCUUGAAUGAGUAUCGGAAGCACUUUAUGCUGAAGCCCUUUCAGUCAUUUGAAGAGCUCACAGGAGAAAAAGAAAUGGCCGCAGAACUUGAAGAACUCUAUGGGGAUAUUGAUGCUAUGGAGUUUUACCCAGCCCUUCUUGUAGAAAAACCAUAUCCUGGAGGUAUAUUUGGUGAGAACAUGAUAGAAAUUGGGGCACCGUUCUCCUUGAAAGGUCUCAUGGGAAAUUUCAUCUGCUCACCAGAGUACUGGAAGCCCAGCACCUUUGGGGGCAAAGUUGGCUUUGACAUAGUGAACACAGCCUCCAUCCAGAACCUUAUCUGCAACAAUGUGGAGGGCUGUCCUCUCGUGGCUUUCCACGUCAUAAACCCAGCAACAGCAGCAACAAAUAACACCAGCACCUCCAGCACAGCAAGAGUCGAGACUGGCCAACCAGUACGAUCAAAAGAACAAUUUGCUGAACUAUAG